CCAAGGGUCAGCUCUGGCGGUGUAUUUUUAAAAUUAAAUGUCCCAUGAACGAAAAGAAGUGUACGCCUAGGCUAGACCCACCGAAGAUUGCUUGAUUUAAGCAGGAAAUGGCGACUGUUUUAACGGAGAAAAGUAAUAAUAUUCAAGUUGAAAUUGUCUCUCAAACAAAUUCCGAAAGUACAAUUUCUACAUCUAAAUGUCCACCGCAAGUUAAAAAGAAACCUUCUUGUCGCUUGAAAAAGGGCUUAAAGGUUUGGAUACAUGACAAACAAGAAGUUUGGGUACCAGCUUGUGUUGUGUCCUGUAUGUCAGAUGAACGGAUAAUAGUCAAAAAAUCUGAAGUGGAGGAUGUUGUGAUUCAUGGUAAACCAAGCUACCCAGUACUGUAUGGCUCCACUGAUUGGAUAAAUACUGAGGAUCUUGCGUUACUUAACCCAUUGUCUGAGCCUGCUGUGCUUAACUGUUUGCGUGAGAGAUACUUGGCUGGGCGUUAUCACACUCAGACCGGAAGUACACUUGUUGCUGUGAAUCCAUUCAAGGAGACAGGUCUCUAUGCUGCUUACGUGAUACAUCAAUACCAUUUGAACCCAAAGGUUCAACGACCUCAUGUAUAUGGAGUUGCGGAAGCAGCGUUCAAUAAUCUGAGUAGAAGACUAGGAAAUAUUAAUCAGUCAAUUAUUGUCAGUGGAGAAAGUGGUGCUGGAAAGACAUGGAAUGCAAGGUGUUUACUGAAGUAUCUGACAACAGUGGCAGAAUGUAACCCAGGCGGCUUUACACCAUCACCGGCAGAUUGUAUUGAGCGCAGAAUACUAGACUCUAAUCCAAUCCUUGAAGCAUUUGGCAAUGCUGGUACUGAUAGAAAUCACAACAGUAGUCGCUUUGGCAAAUACAUUCAGUUACAGUUCAGUCGUGGGAAUCAUGUUGUUGGUGCUUCUAUUCAGACAUACCUGCUUGAGAAAACCAGAGUUGUGUAUCAAUCUCCAGGUGGCAGAAACUUCCAUAUAUUUUACCAAAUGCUAUUUGGUGCUAAUGAAAGAGAGAUGAAGAACUGGUUAUUACCAAAUGAAUCCAGUACAAACCAUUUUAACUAUGUGCAGAUAAACCAUUCAGAGGAGAAUAUUCCAAGAGACAAACAGGCAUUUGCUGUCACAAAACAAGCAAUGUGUAAUGUUGGACUCAACAGAUCACAACAGCAAGAAUUAUUUAAAGUUCUGAGUGGUAUUCUUCACCUUGGCAAUGUGGAGUUUGUGAACGAUGAGGAUUUUGCUGGGCCAUGUGGAGUAGAUUCAGAGAAAGAAGGAAUUGAAGCAUCUGUUGAAGCUGCAGCCCAUCUUCUUGGUCUUGAUGUUGACGAAUUCACUAAAUGCUUAUCGUUCCGACAAAUCACAGCAUCUCACAAGCGUAGGAAAAGUGUCUUUAUGAAACCGUGUGUUGUCGAGGAAUGCCAUACAAGAAGAGAUUGCUUAGCAAAGUUAUUGUAUUCCAGAGUUUUUGAUUGGCUGGUUGGAUUUAUCAAUGGUAGUACCAUGGCUGGAAAUUGGAAGUCUUUUAUUGGACUGCUUGAUGUCUAUGGAUUUGAGAGUUUUACAUUCAACAGUCUUGAGCAACUUUGUAUAAAUUAUGCAAAUGAGAAGCUUCAGCAACACUUUGUGGAGAACUUUCUUAAAGCAGAACAGGAUGAUUACCAGUCUGAAGGUAUUCCUUGGGCAUUCCGUGACUUUACCGAUAACAGACCAUGCCUUGACAUCAUAGAGGGCCGAAUCAGCAUCUUUGCUUUAAUGUUUUGUUGUUUGAACAGAACAUCCGAUCCAGCCUCAUUCAAUGAGCGUCUCUAUGACAACAUCAGUAGUACUUACCUGUCCAGACCCCAUGUCUCUAUUACAACACCUGCAUUCGUUGUUCACCACUAUGCAGAUAAAGUUACCUAUCAAGUGGACGGAUUAAUCGAGAAAAAUAAGGAUCGUAUUCCUCCUGAAUUGGUUGACUUGCUAAAGAUGAGCUCCAAGAAGUUUGUCCAACAGCUUGUGGCUGUAGAUGUCUCAAGUCAACAGAGUCCAAGUCGUUUGAAAGGCAAACAGGCUGCAGUUACAGUGGUAUCAAAAUUUAAGACUUCAUUGGACAGCCUUAUGUCGACCCUACAUCAAACAACGCCUCAUUACAUCCGGUGUAUAAAGCCGAGUUUUAAGUGUGAACCAAAUCACUUUGAUAAUAUCCAUGUGAUAAACCAACUACGUGCUUGCGGGGUUCUCGAGACAGUACAGAUUAGUUCAAGGGGAUUUCCUACCAGAAUGUUGUACUCUGAAUUCCUGAAGCGCUAUGAGCUACUCUUGCAGGGAUGUAAAGAAGAUGUUACAGGAUUUGAUAUCAGGAACAAAUGUGCCAUCGUAACUGAUAAAGUAUUUGGAGAAGAUGACAAGGAAAACAAUGAGAAGAGCUUGUUGUUUGGAAAGACUAAGAUCUUCUUAAGGGAAGGACAGUUGGAUCACCUGGAGGUUGCAAGAUUAAGGGCGGUCAACUUGAGUGCAUGCCGAAUACAGAGAUACUGGAGGAAGUUUCUAGCAACACGAAGACGUCAGCAAACAGCUGCUUCUGUCCUCCAAGCCGCGUUUAGGGGUUGGAAGGUGAGAGAAGAUAUGAAGCGUCGGCACGAGGCAGCACGUAUCAUUCAGUGUGCUAUGGUAGGGUAUUCAAUCCGGUUACAUCAACGUAGACUUGAGCAACAACUUAAUGAAGUGCAAUUGGAAGAGGAUGUAAGCAUUGGCAGUGAUGUCAGUUUCCAGGCAGGAGUUGAUUGUAGCAGUGAUCAUGUUAGCACUGAAGAAUCAUGUACACAAGAAAACAAUACCAUAUUAUCUGCAGUUAGUGAAGACCUAGAAGAUAUGCUUCAGGAUCCAUUUACUAGUGUAGGCCAUGUUCUGCCAAAUGAUGAGGCGGGGCAAGUAAAGGGCAGGGAUAUUAUCAAGGAAUAUGCCAAAACUAGCGCCAAUGACCAAAGCAGUCUUCUUGCAGAGGAUCAAGACAAGGCUAUUGCUGUGGAUCAGGGCAGCGACAUCACUGAAGAACAUGGCAGUACUAUCGCCAAUAGUCUGUGUAAUGGUACUACCGAUGUGCACAACAGUUUUACUGUAAAAGAACAAGCCAAUACUAUCAUGAGGAAACUUGUCCAAGCUGCCACAACUCCUGCAGUAGAUAUAGCAUUUGGUAUAUUACUACUGGGGCUGCUCUACCAUGGACCCAUUAGGAUAUAGGCAGGAUAUUUUUUUUUUUUAAUUUCACAAGUAAUUAUGCAAUAUUAAAUGUGAAUUGUUCUAGGAAAUCAUGCCAUCCUUUAACAAUGGUGGUUGUACCAGGCAAAAUAAAAAUUAAAUUGUUGCCCAAGCCCACAAGACUUAAUCUUAAAAACCUGUUAGGUUUUUCGAUUUUUUGCAAAAAUAUAUUUUGUACCAAGGAGCCCAGAGUUACGAUGGUUUGCCUUAACCAUGAACAUUAGCCCUGUUAAUACCAAUUUACCAACUAAAAUGCAUGGGGUGAGAAUGGCAAUAGGACCUAUAGUAUCUGGCUGCUUGGGCAACAAUUUUUAGGCCUUAUCAGAAAGAAGGCAUAAACAUCUACUGUACUUGAAAAUACUGUACAUACAGGAAGGUAGGCCAUGAUCUGAUACAUGGCUACAUUCAAUAUCUGCCAAAAGUGCACUUUUUAUAAAGUGGGCAAUUAACCGCUCCAUUUAUUAAACCAGCCUUAAUGCAAAAUUCCCAAGUUUGAAAUAAAAUCAAAUUAUCGGGUAUGCUAGAUGAACUGUAGUAGGUAUUUGAUCCAAAAGCACUAGAGAAUAAUAUAGAGUUACUGUAAUUACAUUAGCUCCACUUAAUAUACACACUGAAUUGUUUUUUUUUAGAUUUUAUUGCAAUUUGUAACAAAUCAUGUACUGUAUAUGGACUAAUCAUAUGAAUAUAAUAAAUAGUAUAGAAAAUAUA